AUGUUGAACCGCGCCCUCUCAAUCCGCUCCCAAAACCGCUCCUCCACGGGUACCACCACCUCCACCCCAUCCCAACACCACCGUAAACCCUUCUCCUUCCCCUCCCUCCGCUCCCCAACCUUCACCCAACCCGACCUCUCCAAACGCCUCACCCGCCUCCUCAAAUCCUCCUCCUCCCUCACCUCCCACCACGAAUCCGCAGCCAAAGAGCGCCUCUCCAUCGCAACCCAGCUCUCUGAAUGGGGUGAGGCAACCCAAGACGACUCCGUCUCCGACAUCUCGGACAAAAUCGGCGUCCUCCUCUCAGAAAUAGGCGAGCAAGAAGACAACUACGCCCACGCCCUCGACGAUGCGCGCGCAGCGCUAAAGGUGAUCAGAAACACCGAACGAAGCGUCCAACCAACAAGAGAGGGAAAGAAGAAGAUCGGGGAUGAGAUUGCAAAGUUGAAGAGUAGGGAGCCGCAGUCGACAAAAUUGGUGGUGUUAGAGCAGGAGCUUGUCAGAGCUGAGGCCGAGGGGUUGGUUGCUGAGGCGCAGUUGAGUAAUGUUACAAGGCAAAAGUUGAAGGAGGCGUACCAGGCCGAGUUUUUGGCUACGAUUGAACGGGCGGAUAAGCAGAUUAUUCUUGCGAGGCAUGGGUUGAGGUUGUUGGAGUUGUUGGAUGAUACACCUGUCGUGCCGGGGGAUGUCAAACCGGCGUAUCAUCAUGCUGGGCAGGCGCGGCAGAUAUUGAAUGAUGCCGAGGAUGAUCUCAGGGAUUGGAGGCCUAGUGGGCUGCUGGGGGAGGAGGAGGAUAGUAAGGUGUCCGGCUCUGGGGCGGCAGUACCUCAGGUUGACAAGGGAAAGGAGGUGGAUAGGGGGAGCAUGACGGAGACGGUGGUCAAUGUGGGUAAUGGGACGGCGGCGGCGAAUUGAUCAUGAGGAGGAGAAAAGAUUCCUGAUGUCGUCAUUAUACCUAGUUUUGCGUUUCUGUUUGAAAUGCGGGGGGGCGCGUUGUUGAUAAC